AUGUUGAAUGCCUUGCUCAGUUCAGCACACGCCGAAGGCUUCCAACCGAGAAUCGAAGCUUACCGUGGCUUUGUGAAAGAACUCACCGCAGGCACAAAUAAGCCUCUGCAGAGCAACCUUUCAGUGCCUCAAAGUGUCGUCGACACGUGGGAGUCCAUACGGGACAUGAGUCAUACGCACAAUGUGGUCUUUGAGACAGCGGAUGAAGAGGUGUCGGCUCAUGACCUCGUUCUCGUCGCCGCCUCGCCUGUUCUGAAGGCCAUGCUGGAGUCCACCAUGAAGGAAGGCUCGACUAAGCGGAUUCCUGUUAAGGACUCCUUGGGUUCUGGCGUGCGGCUGCUAGUGGACAUGCUCUACACGAGCUCCACUCGCCAUGACCCGGACUACACGACAGUGCUCGUUGCCUUGGACUUGGCUCAUCGCUGGCAAACGGCGUCGUGCCAGUGCUUGCUGGCAUCCUGA